AAAGAAGAAGAACAGCUUUUUUUUCUCUCUCUCUCGUCCGUCCCACCUUGUUAAAAAUAUGGCUGCCCCCAUGGCCCUCAGACGAGGUCUAUUUUCUCUUACAAGGAUCCUUGGAGGAAUCGCACAUUCGGUACCAAGAGCUUUGGGGGCUUGUUCAGCUAACAAGACAUGUAAUAUAAUCAGGUCCCGUCUCCCAUUGGCAUCCAGCACUUACUUCCACACGGCAACGGUGUUUUCAUCACAGCCUUCAUCGAUCACUGUCACCAAAGAGCCCGACGCGCUGUUUCAGAGGGUGUCACUGUUGGUCAAAGGUCAUGACAAAUCCGUGUUGGACAGCUAUGAGUUGUUUGCCACCAUGGCAGCUAAAGAGCUGGGCAUCGCCAUUAGCAAAGUUUGUGAGCUUCCCAAGGACACGGAGAGGUUUACACUCUUAAAGUCAGUCCACAUCUUCAAAAACCACAGGGUCCAGUAUGAGAUGAGGACACACUACCGGUUCAUUGAGCUGUCUCACUUAACGGGCUCCACGGCACAGGUGUACCUUGAAUACGUUCAGAGGAACCUCCCUGAAGGUGUAGCCAUGGAGGUGACAAAGACUGCCAUGGAGAAGGUUCCAGAUCACAUCCUGAAACCCAUGUGGGAGGAGGACCCCAUUGAUAACAAGCUCAGCCAGGGAUGAAAAACAGUGGAGGUUUAUAGGAUAUAACCUGCAAUGUUAACAUAGUUGUCAUGGACCUGGGAUCUGCUCAUCAUAUAGAUUCAAACGACAGAAAAGGUGUCAACCAUAGAAAUUGCUUUCAUCUACUGCCGUUUGCGUUUAUGAUUAAAUUCUGCAUUUAAGUCCC